UUGGCUUAUGCAAAAACAUGAGGGUAGGGGUUGAGGUUGGGUUACUUCUCUUAUCUUGGGACUGUGAUCCAGGUGUAAUAGUUCCUGAAUUUGACCAAUAGCAGAUCUAGUGUGACUAAAGAUAUUUUUAGAAAUUCCUUCCCCAAAAAAAGUUCCAGCAAGCCUUAUUCUUUAUGGAGAAACAUUCUUUUAGACAGAGUGGGCCUUUAUUAACCUGUAACAAACUAUUACCUGGGUUAAAUGUCAACUAUUUCUGUUGUUUAGCUUCUGUUAUGACUGUCUCAUAAUGCAUAUUUUCUAUAUAGUCUCAAGUAAUUUUCACAAACAAGAAACAUCAACUCGGGAUAUCAGUCCAAGGAUCAAAGCAUGUACAUAAGAGGGAUUGUUAAUGGUUUAUUUCAGAAUUGGCUGUAUAUGUGUAUAAAAUUUGGUGUGGCUGGGAUUUAUUAAAAUAGGUGUGGCUUCUGAUAACAAAUCUAGCUGAAUGACUGCAGCUACUUUUGCGACUGAAUCUUGGAGAUAAUUUUCAAACUUCUAUAAAUAAGAUCAGUUCCCCUGGUUCUAUGAGAGGUGAUUGAAAGAUGAAUGUGAAUUUGAAAUUUAAAUAAAUCAGGACCAAAACAAGAAAAGUGGAAAUAACAUCUCACUUCCUCCAGGAGACUUAGCGUUUUUAUGUUUGAAUAGGCCGUAUAGUACAUGUUGGAUCAAGUACAUGUUUUGGAUCCUUGGUUAGCCCUAUUGGGUAGAGUUUAAAUGUUCCCAUUCAUGCUGAAUGCAGGUUUAAUUUAUGUUAUGCUGGAAUUACAAAUAGGUAAGUUAUUCCUGUUUUUCUAAUGUAGUUUAUGCAAUAGCUCUCAAAUAUUUACAAGUGGAAAACCAUUUACCAUUCACCAUGUAAAAAAGAUUUAUUAUAGUGUCCAUUUUACAUUGCGACAUCAUGACAGUUUAAAGAUCCACUGCAGUUUCAUUCCACACACAGACUGACUGCUUCUCAGCAGCUAUAACAGCACUUGAUCAGAUGAAAUGUACAGAAUCUUAUUUUUAAUUAUAUGUUGAUUCUAAUAAAAAUCAAAGCUGUGUUGUUUCAAUCAUUUGGCCUUUAUUCUCAGUUUGUAUUCAAUGGCCGUUUCUAUGAUUAACUUUCAUAACCAUGUUGUUCUUUUACUCACAGCAGCCAUGACAGAGCUGACAGAGGCAGCACUGACCUAUGACCUCUGUCUCCCUCUCAGGUUUCAGCCGCAUUAUGACUAAACUAGCAGCUUCUGGGGCGGUGGAGCACCCCCAAUCCUACAUUAUUUUUCUAGUGGUCUUCCUCUUCUUCUUGACGGGUCUGCUGGGCUUCCUUAUCUGCCACCUGCUGAAGAAGAAGGGCUACCACUGCCGAACCGGAGACCUGGAGGAUGAAGAGGACAAGCUUAAGGAAGACGAAGAUGAUGAGAACGAUGAGAACCAGGACACCGUGGAGCAGAUUCUUAAAUGCAUCAUGGAAAAUGAAGCCAACAUGGAGGCCUUCAAUGAGAUGCUGGGAAACCAUAACGUCUGUGUGCGCCAUGAUCCACGGUUGCGUAAGGAGUCCAUUGGUGGCAUUCCUCCCCAUCUCCAUACAGUCCACUCAGGAACCGACCUCAACUCCUGCCUCCUCUGCGCCCAGGUCAAAGCGAAGAGGGGCCGCAGACAGAGCAGGACACCCCGCUUCAAACAACGACCCAGAGAGCAGACUGUCUUCUCCGUUGGAAGAUUUCGGGUGACACACUCUGACAAGAAGCUCCAUGGAAGUCCUAACCUAUUGGCUUUUUCGGGGGACCAGCUGGACCAGUCCCAAGAUAGUGAGGAGAGAAAGGAGGACGGGUACAAUCUGAAGAAUAUGUUUAAGGAAGUCCAACCGCCUUCAGAUGGUGCCAAUGGUGUUGCUGCAAAUGUGGGGAAAAGGAAGAAGAGUGUGACCAUAUUUGGGCUGAGGCGGGGCAGUGAUCCUUUAGGUUUGAGAGUAAAAGACAGGGUAGAUAGAGACACUGGGGGGAUUAGAUUUGCUGUUCAACAGCCACCUGUUGUGCUGGAGGAAUCAGUCCAGGCAGUGAGUGUAGAGGCUAAUCCAGAACAUGAUACUAAAGCUGCUGCCAAGCUGAAUACUGAGUCUACAUCAGCUCAGCAUGAAGGUAUAACUUCUAUUCUCAAAAAAUCCUCCAACUCUAACUCUGGUUCCCAGGAAAGUUCCAGGCUUGGCCUGCAAGGAAAAAUGGCUGCAGGAGCCUCUGCUCCUUCCUCCCUGCCUGUUUCACCUGGGAAAUCUGUAGAUGUCGACAAUAAAAUAUUCAAGAUUGAAGAUCCUGGACCACUUCAGACCUCAACCCCCGUUGACGCCAUACCUGCACCAAUCCCAGGUUUCACCUCUGUUAUGCCCACUGGUCAGUCCCAUUUGAACAAAGACCUUACGACUGCCAGAGUUUCCUCUGACCCAUGUUCCAGCCCAGAUCCAGAACCAGCUGCCAGCAGAGGCCUUGCUUUGAUAAGCUUGGGUUCAUCUCCUGCAUCUUCCUUCCAAGCCAAGACUUUUUCAUCUGUCUCAUCAUUAAAAACGCCAACCUCAUCCCUGGCAGAGUCACCAAGCCCCAAAAGCAGCUUAGGAAACUUAACAGAGGCUAGCAAGAGCAAACCAUUAGCAUCACUUGCCCCAUGUUCUUCUCCAACUGCAGCCUCACCCCGUUCAACCCUAAAGUCAGAAAGUUUGACUUCUGUGAGAUCUACAACCCAUGAAGACAUAUUUCCAAGUUCUUAUUCCACAAAGGAACACAAGCUAGAAGGACAGAUUGAAGAAAAGAUAGAAAUAAAAAGACCUGGAAUCCUAAGGACAUCCAAACUGUCUCCAGUUGCAGCAGGAGAUCUAGGCUCUUCGUUUGAGCAGGUUUUAAACGACAGACUGAGCAAUUUACCUUUGACGCCUCCCAGCCCGUUGUCCUCGUCCUCACUUCAAGAAGGGAGAGUAACUAGUGUAACAAUUGUUAAAGCCAGUCCUGACAGCAAGAGGGAGUUCUCUGUGGUCACUAUGGUGGACAAAGAAGAAGCCUCCUCAUCAAACCAGAGGUUGAAGAGUUCCCAAGAUGGAUUUAAAUCAGAGAGAGAGGAAACAAACCCCACCUUUAGAAAGCAAGAACAGAUUUUUAUUGGUGUAUCUCAGACUCAGAGAAAGGAAACCUCAGGAGGAGAAACCAGAUCAUAUCCAGGUCAAGACAAGGAUGACAUGAUGGAGAUGGAAGACAUUAGAGACUGCCAGGUGACACAGGUGGAAGGAGCUGAGGGGCCGAAAGAGGACACUGACAAGACGUUGGAUAACCAAUCACAACAAAAUCAAGAAGGGGAGUGCCAAGAUGAUGAAGAGUCUACUGGAUCCAGAAAUGAUCCAAUCAGAGAGACAAGAGAAACCACAAACUGAACGACACGAAGAGACAAGUGAUCAGAUCAAUGACAAUAUACUAUGAUGAGCAUUCUUUUAUUCAUUUAACCUCAGAUGAUUGUUUUGGAAAAGUUUUUUUUUCACUUUCCAGCCAAUGAGAGUGAAAUUGACUCCAGACCUUCAUAUUUAUGUUAAUGUAAACGUUAUGAUUUGUCAAUAUCAGUUUUGAAAUGUGUCUGAACACUGGAGCAACGUUUGUCCACACAUGGCUGGCAUAUUGUAACCUCUCCACAGAUCCACACCAUUGUCUCCAGGCCUGUACGAGAUUUUACAUUUCCUGUGCUUUGUUACAUAUUCACACAUUCACACGUUCCAUGAAGAGUGAUAUGGUAGGUCUCCUUUUAAUAUGACUAAAAUGAUCCAGUAGGGGAAAAUGUUGGGAUCCUUUGCUUUAAUAGCCUGUUGUCAACUCCUUUCUGUGCUGCUACUUCAGCCACUUGAAUAUUUCCUGAUAGCUUCUUCAAGAAGUAUUUGUAUCCAUUAGAUACAUUUAGUUAUUUCAAUUUACACAAUUUUAUUUUCAAUGGAAACACAGCUACUGACAGCAGAGGUUAGAUCAAAUCAUUAUGAGUCGCAAGUCUCAAGCGAAGUCCCAAGUAAAGACAUUCAGGUGCAAAGUCAUAAUCAAGUGUUAAGUUCAAGUUCUAAGUUCUUAAUUUUUUCUGUCUUACUAAGUCAUUUUUACCAAAUAUGUCAUUCAGUUUCAGAGUAACAACACUAGACUUCAACUAUGACUACCUAAAAAAAGGUGGAUUUAUUUACCAAAGCGAGCAAAUUUAAACAAAUGAGUUGAAAACGGAAAUAUAUUUACUUUACCGCUGAUGUUAAGUGUCAGAAUGCACAUGCAUGUUUAAUGUAUAAAUUAAAUAACUAAAUGCAACAAAAGAUGUCUCCCAAAAUAUAGUCUUAGUUACGUAUCUAAUUUUUAAAGAAAUAAUUUGUAUUCUGUUUGCGUGUGUGAGAAUGAAAACUGAGAGAGGAUGGAAGAAACCCAACACUUACAUAAAGUCAAAGACAUUAACAGAAAUGAAUCAAACUGCAAUUAACAUGUUUAUGUCUAACUUCAUAUAUAUACACUGCUCAAAAAAAUAAAGGGAACACUCAAAUAACACAUCCUAGAUCUGAAUGAAUGAAAUAAAUAUGAAAAUAAUUUCCACAUGAUGUCUAUUCCAUUUGCACAAGAGGAGGUGAUAUUGAUUGUCAAUCAGUGUUGCUGUCUAAGUGGACAGUUUGUUUUCACAGAAGUUUGAUUUACUUGGAGUUAUAUUGUGUUGUUUGAGUGUUCCCUUUAUUUUUUUGAGCAGUACAUAUAUAUAAAUAGUGGAAAAUCAUUUUCUGUUUCCAUAUUUAAAAACUUUGUUCUCAGUUUUGAAUAAAUGCUAAAAAUCUAAGGUAUACAUUACAUCAUAAUGAACGAGACAAAGUGUGGGAAGUACAUGAAUGAGUCUCGAACUUCUGAAUUAAAGGAACAGUAAGUGCUUUUAUUUUACUGAUCAGCCGGAAGUGUCUUUACAAGUGAUCAUUAUUGUCAUUAUUAUGAAGCUACAGGUAACAUCAACAGAUAGUUAUGAGCCAUUAACAGACAUCAACAGUUUUCCAGAGACCUGAAUGUUUAUUAUUAUUAUUAUUUUAAUUUCUUCAGAAUAUUACAAAGAUGUCAUCAGUUGCAGAUUCUGACACAGGUUCAUUUCAUUAUAAAAAACUCACCACAAACAAAGAAAGAUUCUUCUUAGCUAUGUCACAAUCCUGCUUAAGUCGUCAGAGACCCGACCACCGAGGUCAGACUAACGGCGGUAAAAAUGGUUUAACAUGCACCACCUUCACCCCAAUCGGAUGGGUGAUUAUUGAAUUCCCUCCAGGUCAAGUUCUUUAUUAUAUCAACUUAUAUAAUAAGUUUUGUUUGUAGCGAGAAACUGAGCUGCCAAUAAAUGGAUGUAAUAUAAACUAUACCAAUAAAAUGAACAUGUAAACAAUUAA